UUCCUCGCUUCUAUAAAUAACCCCAUAACUCCGCACUACCCACUCCUAUUUUCCCUCUUUUAUUCUGUCUCCGUUGUAGAUUUCUCUUUGAAGUUCUCUCUCAUCUCUGCAAUGGCUCAGGAGGUUAAUGACGGAGUAGGUGCCCAGAACGGAGGCUCGACAGUGGUGACGUUCACGGCGGUGAAGCCUCAGCUGUUCGUGGAGGCAUCAAAGGCCAACGACGCCGUACAGUUCUAUAAGGCAGCCUUCGGAGCCGAGGAAGUGAACCGUGCCCUGCAUCCGAAGAGGAAGGCCGAUCAGGAACUUCCUUUGGUUCUGUAUGCUGAACUCAAACUCGGAUCCUUCACUAUUCUCGUAUCUGACCUCAAUGAUGACUCUUCUGCACUGAUCAAGAGUGUGGGUACCGGAUGUGUGAUUUGCCUGGAGACCGAGGAUGUUGAAGCUGCUGUCGCAAAAGCCGUGAAUGCCGGUGCACUCUCGGAGGGUGAAACCACUGAAGGUGAUGCUACGUGCUUUGGCGGGCGCGUGGGCAAGCUAAAGGACCCGUACGGCUUCGUCUGGCAGAUUUGCUCUCCUGCAAAGAAUCCCGUUGACGUGGAAGCCUAAGAGCCUUCUGAUUGCUCGGAACAGUCUCUGAUUUACUUUUCAGUCUGUUCUUGUUUUGUCUAAUCAAAAUAUCUAAUCCCACUUGUAUGUGGAAGUUAAACUCGGAUUAUGAACAGGCUUUUAUGAGGUCUAGUGUUCAUACUUUUGUUUUUUAGUUGUUUGUUGAUGAGUUUUGGAGUUAAACUUUGAUUAGCUUUAACUGGCAGGUGGCAAUUAUUAUCUUUGCAUGAUCUCUAUAAUGGAUGUUUGACUUUAAGUCGUGUGUGGAAAAUGUGAUCAAGGGUAGUUUUGACUUUUGAACCUCUAACCAACGGGGAUUGUGUUCAAGGAGUGGUUUAUUGCUGUGCCUCGUUUUAGGCUACAUCUUACUUUGAUGUCUUUUCUUGUACUAAUAUUUUUUGUGUUUAUUGUAUUUGAUACUUAAAUAAAUGUUGGAG